UCGAGAACGAAGAGAAUUGCGAUGAUGUAGAUGAAAUACCGGUCUGUGACGUUUCGAUUGGCAGACGAUGAAGUUACAACACCUGGUCCAUCGAGAAUAACAAAGCGAAGGAGAAUACGCUAAAUCUUAGCACAUGGAAUUGCAUGUGGAUUAGUCCUUUUGGGGGUACCAUAUUAAAAAAACGCGCUAUUUACUCUACCUCAAGGUAAUGUGGAAAUGAGUUUUUUUGGCCAAAAUGCGUGUUGGAGUACACUUUGCGGCGCUCGUACGCCAACACUGUUGACUUUAUGAAGCAAAAGGUAGAUAUAUAAAUUGUAGGCAAUUAUCUCUAGUUUCACUUUGUUUAUAACUGGUUUUAUCGUAAAAUGAGUCGGAAAGGAGACAUAGUCAAGAAACUGCUUUUAGGCGCCAUUUUUCUAAUUUGUGGCAAAGUCGAAAUUCGGAAAGAGCACCUCAAAAUUGUUAAAAUUACCAAUUUUCAAAAAUCCCCGAAAACUUUUCAAGUAACCACUAUAUUUUCUCACCAAAUGACUGUACUAAUAAGGGUAUGGCUUUGAAAAUAAAUCUAUUAGUGACAUAGAACACUGUUGAUAGAGACUUGAGCAGUUUUGGAGGUUUUCACCGCUUGCGUAUGCUUCUAUGUACGGUCGUAUUUCUUCCUCGUACUCAGUGAAGUGGUCGUCAUUUCUGGGGUUUAAAGCAAAUUCAGCCAGUUCAUGCAGGAGAUCUUCAUCGUCGUCUGCAUGCAGAGGCUCGGAUCCGAGCUGACACAGAGUGCGCAGAACACAACAAGUACCGUUGUGACCGAACCCGUUCAGUGCUCCUUCGACGUAUUUAUAAAAGUGGUAGAGUCUUGCGUCGUUUUUGUAUGUGUCUCUUUCAUCUCGAUUCUUCCUAGAGAGACCGGUAUACGCUGCGUCGGUCUCCAGAAUGUCUAGAGGUAUUUGUGAUCGGUUCCAAGGCAGCUGGAAGUUCGCCUGGAAUGCCCAGUUCAUGAAUAUGUUGUCCGCUGUAGUGGGCGUCCCUAUGCCGAAGUUGAACUGAAACAACGUCGAGUUCGGAAACAACAAUUGUCUUUUACUCCUUUGUAUUGGAUCAUCAUAUAUGAUUGAGCAAACAACGAUAAUCAAAAUAUUGAAAAAUAUCAAAAUGUUAUAGGAAUUUGACAUCACGUUAUCUUCCCUCUUUGGUAAAUAUCAAGACUCAAUAGUCUCAAUAGUCAAUUAUCCCGGUGGGUUGUUUGCUAACUUACUUCUUAUUAUAACAUCAUUAAAAUCCUUUUUUUGUCAUCUAUAAAGUUUUGUAAAGAAAAUCCAGAUUUAAAUAAAACAAAGUAGUGCACUUUGCAACCCGAAACUUUUUUUUAACAUUUACACGAAACACGACACAUUGGAACAAGACUAUUUCAUUGCCGGCACCCAAUAACCGGUAUAAGAUAUGUGGCGACGUCGAGACUGGCAUAUUAACGGGUUUGCAAUAAGCCCACAUGCACGUUGGAUAAAGCGUUACUAUAUUUCAGACUAAAAACCUAUAUUUCGCUUACAUUUUUAUAUAGAUAGAUGCUAAGUGACGGUGAAAUCCAGACGCGAAGAUAGCUGAUCACACAAAAUAAUAAAAUUUUAUAAUUAAAGAAAACCCGUCAGGGGCUGUUCUUUGCUCCAAGAUUAGAAAGAAUGUCAAUAAAGACUACAAUUAUAUAAGGAAAAGUAGUGAAUAUCUUUUUAAAUUUAGAAUAUCUUUUUGAGAGAGAUUUUGAUUCAUGAAGCGGGCUUAACGUGGAUUGGCAAGAAGUAUUAUCAGUUGUAUAAACAUUUUAUUUAACGAAUGCAAAAUAAAGAAAUAUUUUUACACUCAUAUUAAUUAAUUAAGUAGUCUAUCCUAAAAGUUAGCAAGGUAAGGUUUGAAUUAUGGAAUUGUAGAGUAACGUAUACAAAAUACUUAAAAAAAAAAUAUACUAAAUGAUAUUUUGUUAAAAAUAUAUAUAAACAGCCAUGAGUCGAUUAAAAUGCUCGUAUUCAACAUACUAACAAAUGUGCCUGCCUGCAUUCAGACUCAGAGUAGGUGACAUUUGAAAAUCAGAACACGGACAUGGAUGUUAUCACAUGUAACUGAAAUCAACAGUAAACUGUAACUUACACUCAAAGACUGUUUCAAUUGUUCAUCGGUCAUCCAUCACGUGGAAGUCACAGAAUUUCCAAAAACAGGACAAUCUUUUAUACUUCUACCAUUUCAGUUCAACAUUCCUCGGUCUAUAGUAGACGUCUUCACUGUGGAAUCAGCACUACAUACUCGGCUGUUACGUUGGUCACUCGUGAUCAAGACCCAUCUUACUUAUCCGAGAUGUGGGUGCAUGUUAAGUGGUAGUUGUUACAAACACCUCACUAUCACCUGUUUUGUGAUUAAACUUUUUCUCUUGUGUGUGUACGCGUCCGACGAAGAAGGACGGUAAUGUGGUUCCAAUUAAUAUUGCUGUGUUCAAUAUCGAAACUUACUUCAACUAUUUCUUCUCCUGAGUCGCUCAAAUUUCUUCAAAAUCAAUACGAAGAGGAGAUAAGAUCGAAACGUCAGAUCAACCCUCCCUUAAUUCUUGUGUAUCCAUACGGAUCAACAUAUAAGCUCCUCAUUGGCUUUACUACUCCCGUUCCAAACAAGGACCACAUUAACUUCGCGUUCGCUGCGAACUUUCAAUAUCAGUACAUCCAAUUCCAAAACAUUUCAAAUCUAUCUCAGUAUUAUUCUAUCAAGACAGUCAGUCGUGAGCAGAGGGAAGCGGAUCUUCUGGCGAGAAGGGAUGAACGCCCGAUCUUUUACAAAUCGGUUACUGAUAUGCUAAAUUCCAAAGGUUUCAAUGGGCUCGAAUGUGUCCAGAGGGCUAUAUGUGAAGCAGCGCAGUACACUAUAGAAGAAGAAGGUUUAAUAGGCGAGAUCCUGCACAUCCUAUUAACUCCAGACUACGGGCGGUCGCCGUUCGAGGAAAAGGAUCCGUAUUGGGACGACAUGAUGGCUCCAUACAAGGACGCGGCGACUGUAGGCCGGCAAAUGUUUAGCUGCGCGUACGUCUACAGCGGCUGUCCGGAAGGUCAAGGGAUAAUGGAACUUAUAUCUAUAUUGAGAGAUGAGUAAAUUAAACAAAUCGUGGACCAAUAAAUUAUACAAGGACUGUACUUGAUUUUGAGGAUAGAAUUAUUUUGAAACUGCCUGCGCGUGAGACAGAGUGGGAACGAUGUAUAAAGUAUCCAUACUUCGUUCUUAUCCAUUUUGGUAUUUUAUAGGAAUAUUGGAACUUAUGUUACUAAGAGACAAGUAAAUGAAAUAAAUUGUGCAUCAUUAAAUGAUUGUGGGACUGAACUUGUGAUUUUGUGGAUAGAUUCAUUUUAAACUUGCCUUUGCAUGUGACAGAGUAGGAUCUAAGUAAAAAGUUUCAAUAUAAUUUAUCCUCAUCCAUUUUGAUAUUUCAUAGGGAUAUUUGUGAGAUGAGUAAAUUAAACAGAUCGUGCAUCC